AUGGAGCGUAGGCAAGACAUGACAUUAGAACGUCUAGCAGAGACACUAGAACGUCAAGUUGGUGAAGAUCGUUUACAUGAAGGUGAUACAUGGUAUCUUGUAUCUUCUAGAUGGUGGAUACGUGUCUUUGGUACAUAUUCAAGCAACAAUUUCGAUCGGAAUGAUGUUCAACGACAUGACAAAAGUUUCUUGGAGAUACAAAAUGCGUGUUUGUUAGAUCUUGAUCGAAGUGAUAAGAAACAUCAGAUUACAGUCCUUCAACCGAUGUUGAUGGAAGGUCAAGAUUAUCGUCUUGUUAGUCAACGAGUAUGGAAACAACUUGUGGAUUCUUUUGGAUAUGAUUGGGAAAUUCCACGACUUGUUAUCACUCAAAGACUUUCUAAUACUUUACUAGUCGAAGUACAUCCUAUUACGUUUGAGAUAUUUGGAUGGCGUUCAGGAUUAAGCGAACCUUGUGAACUAUUUGACGAUGAGAAGAAACCAUUGAUACUAACAGCAAGUCAAUCGUGUUCUUUAAAAGAGUUACAAUUAAAAAUAUGGCAAAUUGCUUCUAAAUCUCAACUUUCGACUAUGUUUGCAGACAUUCAGGAAGAAAGUGUGAGUACAGCUUUACAAGUAUGUUAUCGAGUGGAUGAACAGUCACUUUGGAAGUCGUUCAAGGAUGUACGUGUACAAACAGAUCAAACAUUUACGGGCUUUCAACUUGCUCAAAAUCCAGAACUUAUUUUGGAAAGUAUACGAGUUGAACAUUUAGAAUUGAAUCAACAAGAGUUGAAAAGUGGAAAUGUGCGAGUACAUCAAUUAUUAGUUGAAGGACGUUUUGAGUCGAAGGAGAAUUCGCGUGAUUGGCGACACAAUCGUUUUUAUAGUCAAAUUCUAGCUGAAGCAUGGCGUUUUACACUUGAAAGUGGUCAAUUAAUUGAUGCAAUGGAUACUGAUAACAAAUGGUAUGAAUCUCGAAUUGUAGACUUAAAAGCAAAUCACGUGAAAGUACAUUAUCGUGGUUGGACGUCCAAAUGGGAUGAAUGGAUUGAUCGUUUAUCUUCACGAUUAGCACCACUACAUACCAAAGUUCAAAAUUGGCGAGAUUUUCAAAUAGACGAUAAAAUUCUUGUUGGAUCAGAAGUGAAAGAAAAACCAUUUCCCGAAUGGCGAAUUGCUCGUGUGAUAGAUGUGGAGAAAGAAUUAACUAAUUCCUUGCGAAUUCAACUCGAAGUUGAUGGUAUGAAAGUCUGGAUGGAUGCACAAGAUGAAAUGUUAUGUCCAGUUGGGACACACAAAGCUGUGAACAGCUCAAAAUUUAUGACUUCAAAUGUACAAUCGCAUUCUCUUGUGUCAUCGUACAGUCGAUACGGACGAGAUGAAAUCGGACGCGGUCGUCCAGCCGUUGCUGGUGUCGUUGGACUUGUGAAUUUAGGCAAUACGUGCUUUAUGAACAGCAUGUUACAGUGUUUAAUCAAUACUGCACCUUUACGUGAAUAUUUCUUACGAAAAGAUCCAACGUCAGGUCAUCCAUUUUUUACUAAAGAGAUAAAUCGGGAUAAUCCACUUGGAAUGAGUGGAAUGAUGGCAGUAGAAUUUGCUAGUCUUUUACGUAAAAUGUGGAGUAAUGAGUUUCGAGUUGUGACGCCAACAAAACUCAAGUCAGUCAUUGGACAGUAUGCACCUCAAUUUGCAGGAUAUCAACAACAAGAUAGUCAAGAAUUAAUGAAUUUCUUGCUUGAUGGACUUCAUGAAGAUUUGAAUCGUGUGAAAUCAAAACCAUAUACUGAACCUGUGGAACGAAAUGGACGCACAGAUUCAGAAGUAGCACGAGAAGAGUGGCAUCAAUUUCUUCGACGGAAUGAUAGUGUAAUUGUUGAGAACUUUAUGGGUCAACUUCGAAGUCAUGUGACGUGUUCGAAUGCUAAUUGUGGGAAUGAAUCGAUUACAUUUGAUCCAUAUAUGAAUCUAUCUGUACCAAUUCCAAGUAACGAAACAGUGCGUGUUCAAGUGCAGCUCUUUUGGGCAAAUGGUGACAUUCCAACGCAAUAUGCAUUAUGUCUACCAAAAGAAGGAUGUAGUAUCUUGACAGCAAAAGAAAAAUUAAGUGAACUCUCGAAAGUUCCAAUGGAACGCAUUUAUUUCGUCGAAGUUUGGCGCCAUCGCAUUGUACGACCGUAUGCAGAUAAAAUGUCAAUAGAACGAGUACGUGAUCACAUUUUACAUGCAUAUGAAUUGGAAAAACCUGUGACAAAGUAUUCGUUCUCGUCAUCUACGAUUCGUCCACAUACUGAAGCACAACGAUUAGAGACAUUGGAAUUACAAGAUGAAACGAAAAAGGAGUUUGAACUUGUAGAAUUACUCCAUCAAGCGCCAGUGGCAUCACCAGUUGAUGGACGUACAAUUGACGAAAGGUACGAUACGUUUGAAGACAACAAUUACAAACAACGACGCGUUGAGGUGAAAUGGUUUAAUUUACCACUUUUAGUCUCCAUUCAACGGAAAUCGACGAAGGCUCAAGUUCAUGAUAAAGUAUGGCAAGUCGUUCAUCGUCUUGUAGCUACAGAAGCAAGUGAUCUGUCUGAGAAUCAAGUAGGAUGUAAGAAAGAUCAGCAAGUACCGUAUCGUCUUCAUGUGACUGAAGCAAGUGAUAGAAUGACGUACAUGAGUGAUCUUUCGAGUGAUUCGGAGCCAUGGAAUGUGUUUAGAAAACGUCCUUUUAGCUUAACGUUGGAGUGGAAUCGUUAUGGAUAUCAGCGUGGGUACGAUGAGACGUCAGCUAAGCGAAUUGAGCCACACGAGUCAAUGAAACAUUUGACCAUUUCAACAGAAACGGAUCCUUUAACACUGUUUGAUUGCUUAAGUAAAUUCACUGAACGUGAACAACUUGGAGAAGCCGAUACAUGGUAUUGUCCAAAAUGCAAGACUCACGUGCGUGCAUUCAAGAAGUUUGAUCUGUAUUCUCUACCGAAAGUAUUGAUCUUUCAUCUCAAACGCUUUCGAUAUGCACAAAAUUCAUUUUACAUGCAUCGAGACAAGAUUUCAUCCCUUGUCGACUUUCCUACUGAAAGUUUGGAUCUCUCGGCAUUUGUAAUCGGACCAGGAAAAGAUUCAAAGCCAUUGUAUGAUCUCUACGCCGUCUCGGAACACGUCGGUGGUCUAGGGGGUGGACAUUAUACGGCUGUGGCGAAAAAUCCAGAGACCAAGCAAUGCGUAUGUUUUGUUUUAUAUCCGUCGAGAUUAAACGUCCACUCGUUUCAUGAUUCGGAACUUUCGAUUGUCGUCGGACAAGGCAAUCAACAAGACUUGGGACUUUUGACAGGACUAUCAAAUAAAAGAUUUCUUUCUUCGUACAGAAAUAAACUAAAGCUUCUUAACUUAGACCAGGCGUUGAGUCGAGUUUUUCGAUUGAAGCGAAAAGUACGCAAUGCCGAGACAAAGUUGUUUGAGUGGAGACCAUGUACUUGUACACUUGUCGUUCGUGAUGGAAGACAUUUGCUGCUUUUGCAGACACGAGGUGAAAAGCAGGAUGGGAACGAUGAAGUGGAGAUUGUCACGAUUGACGUAGCCACGGAGCUAAUUGAGAUUGUAGCGGAAAAGAACAAAACACGAUGCAAUCUGUACUGGAUCGCACAAGUGCGACGUCUACAACAAAAGUAUCAACAGCAUGAACCUGAUACCAUAGCGACGAGAUUAGAAGAUGUACAUAUUGCACCACUCUCUUCAUUUCAUUCGAAUCUCUCAGAGCUUCCAAAGUCUAGAACGAGACGUUUGGAGCUAAAGAAAGACGUUUGCUCGUUGAGUCAGGAUGAUCGCUCCAGUUCCUCUUCUACCUCUUGUCAUUCACCAGCAGUCACUAGUCGAUGCUGUGAUGAGACUCAGCCAACGGCUACUAUCAGUGACUUGGACUACACUAUCGAUUCUUCCAGCUGUUCACCUGCUGACGAUUAUGAAGGUAUUGAUCCGCCAGUGUCACCGCUUUCAUCUAUUUCAUCCAAGUCAACAACAAUACCGCUGACUGCUUGGAAACGAUCUGGUUACUCUCAACUUAACAGCCCAUACUACUCCUCUUCUUCCGAUAGCAAUAUAUCUCACCGUUCUAUACGUUGCAGAAUCUUAUCGCACAGUAUUAAACUCGAUGACAUGAAGCCAGAAACUAGCCAAGAUGACGAAGAAUCAGCUAACACGAAUGAGCUGAAUGAGAGAAGCAAAACGUCUUCGAGCGAAGCAGAAGUCACUACAUCUUCUCAAGAACGUUCUGUAUAUCGACGAAUGCAGCAGCAUGAUAACGUUGUGAAUCGAAGCUCUAGAGUACAUGAAGAAGACGAGUCAUCACAAGCCGAGCUACAUAUCCUUCAACGUGUGGAAGCAGCACUACGCAAGCUUGAGCUCGAAAAUGCACAAGCUAAAACACGUGAACGAGAGCUACUGCAAGAGAUUCAGACGCUACGAGAUGCCGCACAAGUGGCAGCAGCAGAGCAUCAACAUACAAUACAUGAAUAUCGAACCACUCGACGUGAGCUUGAUGCAUGGAGACGUGCAGCACAAGCUGCCGAGGCUGCUGCAACACAAUUGGAGCAACAAUUGAGCAUUGCAUAUGAAGAAAAGCAACUCGUUGCAAGUGAAAAGCUACGACUUAAACAUCAAAACAACGAAUUGCGUACACAAGUACAUCGGCUUGAUUCACUUGUUUACGGUCGUUUUUAA